GAGUCAUUUUGUAGGUGAGAUUCCUCAUUUAUAACAACUCAAUCACUUUUUAUGCAGCCAAGUCUUUUUUCAAACUUCCGAAGCAAAGCCCUCUCCCCAAAAGUCCAACAAGCCGCCGCCGCCGCCGUGCCCACCGCGAGAUGUUUUCAAUGAAAGAGAUGCCAUCUGCGCAGUCAUUAUUCUCAGCUUACGCCUCCAUGGCCGGCUCCCUAAUGCUGUUCCGAUCAAUGGGCAACGACCUGAUCCCAGCCCCUGUUCGGUCGUACGUGGCGGCUGGAAUCCGCCGCCUCUUCAACUUGCACUCCCCUCUCUUCACUCUCGUCAUCGAAGAGACCACCGGCAUAUCCCCAAAUCAAAUCUUUGAAGCCGCCGAGAUCUACCUGUCCACAAAAAUCACCUCCGACACCGGCCGCCUCCGCAUCUCAAAAACCCCAAAAGACAGAAACCCAACAAUCCGCCUCGAAAAGGGUGAGGCAAUAACCGAUUCCUUCGAUGGAAUCCAGUUAUUAUGGACUUUCAAUUCCCAAGACAACGAUAAAAAUUCCAAUAACCCCAGUAACAACCCCAAUCUGUUUCCACCAAAAACAGAGCGCCACUUCUUCGAGUUGAAAUUCAACAAAACCCACCGUCAUAAAAUCCUCAAUUCAUACAUCCCCUUUCUUCUCGAUCGUGCUCUAGCCAUGAAAAACCAAGAAAGGACUCUGAAAAUGUACACAAUGAACAGCUCUGGUUGCUACAGUGGGAAAUGGGAUUCGGUGAACUUGGAGCACCCGGCGACAUUCGAGACGGUGGCGAUGGAGGCGGAGGGGAAGAAGGCAGUGAUGGAAGAUUUGGACAGGUUUUUGAAGAGGAAGGAGUUUUAUAAGAGAGUUGGGAGAGCGUGGAAAAGAGGGUAUUUGUUGUAUGGGCCACCGGGAACAGGGAAAUCGAGCUUGGUGGCGGCGAUGGCGAAUUACUUGAAGUUUGAUAUAUAUGAUCUGCAAUUGGGGAAUGUGAUUCAGGAUUCUGAUUUGAGGAAGCUGCUUUUGACGACGGGGAAUCGAUCCAUUUUGGUUAUUGAAGAUAUUGAUUGUACUGUUGAGCUGCCGGAUCGCCACCAUGGUGAUUGGCGGCCUAACCAUCCUCGUGAAAUUCAGCUCACACUUUCAGGGCUUUUAAACUUCAUAGAUGGGCUAUGGUCAAGCUGUGGCGACGAGAGGAUCAUAAUCUUUACAACGAACAACAAGGACCGUCUUGACCCAGCGCUGCUGCGGCCGGGUCGGAUGGACAUGCACAUUCACAUGUCCUAUUGCACCUUCCAUGGCUUUAAGCUUCUCGCAGCAAACUACUUGCAAAUCGGUCCCACCGGACACCGUCUCUUCCCAGAGAUCAAAACCCUUCUCGAUGCCACAGAGGUGACGCCGGCCCAGAUCGCCGAGGAGUUGAUGAAGAGCGAGGAUGCUGAUAUGUCCCUUGAAGGGCUGGUUAAGCUGCUGAAGAGGAAGAAGAUGGAGCAGGAGGAGGAGGAUAAUGAUAAUGGUGAAGAUGGUGAAGAAGAAGGUAAAUUGAGAGAGGCUAAGAGAUUGAAAGUGGAGGCAAAGAAGAAGGUGACAACUAGGGUUAAGAGCAGGAAGCUUCUUAGAGGAAGAAAGUUUUAGUUGCUAGUUUGAGAAAAAAAAAAUAAUAUAUUGGAGGUGAAAGAUUCAAACAACUCAUUCACUCGUAUGUUUUAGAUCUAUUAAAACUAUAUUUAUGUUAGUAAUUAAACGUAUCUAAUUCAAUUGUUAUUA